AUAAAACAUAGUUUAGGCUCGUUCACGGGUAACAUACGACAGCUUGUUUGCUCUUUCAAACUUUGUGUUUGUGAACUUGGUAAAUUACGUUUGAAUCCGAGGUGAAAUAACCGAUCAGCGUAUGGAAGAUAAAUUCGUUUUUCAAAAAAAUAAAAUGCAAGUGGAGAACCAAGACGUCGUAUUGAGACCGGGUCAACGUAUCCGUCCGCCGGGCAGCAAUCAAAUAGCCGCGCAUCUUCUGAAAGAACUUUACGAUCUGGAUGCUUCGAGUGUAACCGAAUUGAACGCGUACGACGACAGAAAUUAUCGCGUGAUAUGCGACGAAUCGCAUACGAACCCUCAUAUAACGACCAUCAGUAAGUACGGCUACGUUCUUAAGAUCAUCAAUUCACUAGACUCACAGAAAAGUCACGUGAUCGAGGCACAAACUGAGAUGCUGAUAUUCUUGAAUCAACGAGACAUCAAUUGUCCCCUACCCGUGAAAACUGUACGCGGACAGUAUUAUACUCUGGUUAAUUUGAACGUCGAUGGAUGUACAGGAAGUUACGCUGUCAGGCUACUGGUUUAUAGGCCUGGCGAACUGUUACACCGUGUGCCGAUUACGGGCGAACUGCUACGAAACGUGGGCAGUUUCACGGCCAAACUUGACAAAGUCCUCAUGUCGUUCUCCCAUCCAGCUUACAACGACUACGAGACAUUGUGGAUGUUGAAAUCCGUGCCGAAGUUACGUCAAUUUACUUAUGCUGUAAAGAACACGGUCGAGAGGGAGUUAGCGCACCAGGUGAUACUCGGUUUCGAGGAGGACGUGCUCCAGGUCACUCCUCAGCUCGAACAAGGCAUGAUACACGGUGACUUGAACGAGCAGAAUCUCGUGAUAAGCUCCAGCGGCAGUGAGAUAGCUGCGGUGAUCGAUUUUGGUGAUUCGCACCGAACUUGCCUGAUCUUCGAGUUAGCCAUCACGUUAUGCUACAUGAUCUUGCAGUCAAACGACAUAGAUAUGGGUAAACACGUUGUCGAGGGUUAUCAGGAUGUUAGAAAGUUGACGGAUCUUGAGAAGAGAAUUCUAAAAGUCACUGUUUGCGCGAGGAUUUGCCAGAGUCUAGUGAUGGGAGCGUACUCUCAUCUUAACGAUCCGCAAAACGAAUACUUGCUGGUCACGCAGAAAUCCGGUUGGACUUUGCUGAAGAAACUAUGGCCCCUUAGUCAGGAUAAUGUACUUCGAAAUUGGGGAAUUCUCGAUUGA